AUGGCUGACCCAGACAAUUUGUCAUCUGUGCCGCGGUGCCACCCAGGAGCAAAUGCAACAUCCCCGCCUGUUCUGAACGUCCCCUACUUACUCAGCGAGAGUUUGACAGCUUUGUUCUCCAUCGUGGGCAAUCUUUUUAUCUGUACGGUCAUCUUGCGGAACAGGAAGCUGCGUGCCGUCGUCACCAACUACUUCCUGGUCUCGCUGGCUGUGGCGGACAUCUUGGUUGGGGGGGUGGCCAUCCCCUGUGCCCAGUUUACCGAUAUGGGGCUGCCGCGAUACAAGCCCCAGCUCUGCCUCUGGAUGCUGUGCACAUUGUUAGUCUUCACGCAGGCCUCAGUGUUCGGGCUGUUGGCCAUCGCAGUGGAGAGGUAUAUUUCCAUCUUGAAGCCCUUCCAGUACAAAUCGUUGAUGAGUCCCCGCAAUUCCCUCUUGGUUAUCGUGGCCUGCUGGGGCCUGGCUAUCGUGAUCGGCCUUUUGCCUGUGAUGGGCUGGCACGACCCCUUGCCCGCCGGCGGGGAAUGUGUGUUCAACAGCAUCAUCAAAGACACGUACAUGGUCUAUUUCAACUUCAUGGCCUGCAUGUUGGUGCCUCUGUUGGCCAUGGUGGUGCUGUACGGACGCAUCUUCCUGGAGGUCAAGCGUCAGAUCCGCAAGGUAGCCGAGGGGGAGGUCGACGUCAGCGCGCAGGAGAGGCGCCGGAUCAUUGUUCGCAAGGAGCUGCAGACGGCCACCUCGCUCUUCAUCAUCCUCUUCUUCUUUGUCAUCUGUUGGCUCCCGGUCCACAUCCUCAACACCGUCAUGCUGCUCUGUCCUAGCUGCUGUGUCCCAAACCAGCUCACUUUGGCCACCAUUAUCCUGUCCCACGCCAACUCUGCCAUCAACCCGGUCGUGUACGUCUUCCGCGUGAGAUCCUUCCGGAAGGCCUUGGAAGGAGCCUUCUCCUGCAUCUGCUACUCCACCGGCGUGGGCGUGUUUUCCGGAUCUGGGAUGAUGCCGUCCAACGUAUCGGAGGUGCCACCGCUCCGGAAUACCUUUCUUCCGGGGAAGUGA